AUGGACGUCCUCCAAGAGCUGUACCAGACAAACGUCACCAAGACCACUCACACCACCCCUUACCCGGCCAUCUCACCUACCCUUCCCUCCCUCUCCCAGACCGGCAGGACCGUUCUCAUCACCGGCGGCGCGACAGGGAUCGGCCUCGCCAUCGCUCAUGCCUUCGUGCAAGCCUCCGCUUCGACGGUCAUCAUCGUCGGCCGUCGGGCCGAUAAGCUGGCACAGGCAUCUGAGGAGCUCACAGCCGCCGUCAAGCAGGCCGGCUUGAGCACGAACGUCGUCGCGCAGACCUGCGACGUGAGUGAUGUCAAGAGUAUCGAGGCACUCUGGGACGGGUUCAAGGAGAAGGAUGUGGUGGUGGAUGUGCUAGUUUCCAACGCAGCCAAAUUUGCCAACGUCGCGGAGUUGUUGGAGCUCGGGGCGGAGCAUGUAUGGUCACUGUUCGAGACCAAUGUCAAGGCGCCGCUGUUCCUGGCAGAGAAGUUCUACAAGCAGGGAGCAGACAGGGCAAAGGCUUUCAUCAACGUCUCUUCAAAUUUCGUCCACCUUUUCCAGUCCAAGGUUAUGCAGGGACGGCUCGCAUACGGCCUGACCAAGAACUCAGGGACUCUGGUGGCGCAGUUGGUGGCACAGGAAACCCCGCCAGAGAAGGUACAGGUCGUCAGCUUCCAUCCCGGCCUCGUCUGGAGCGAUGAAUGGCCCGUAGAAAUAACGAAGGGUAUGCUUCCGUUUACGGACGUCGCUCUUUCCGGACACUUUGCUGUGUGGGCUGCCUCUCCCGAGGCGCGCUUCUUGCAUGGCAGGUUCGUCUGGUCCUCAUGGGACGUGGAGGAUCUCAAAACAGGAGAGGUGCGCGAGAGGAUCGACAGUGAUUCGGCAUUCUUGAAGAUUGGAGUCACCGGUCUGCGUCUGGGCAAUCUCGCCUGA